AUGCCGCCGUGGCACCAUCUCGUCGCCUUCGGGUGCGCCACCGCCGCCAUCCCCUACUACGGAGCGUCCGCGAGAUCGCAGAACAAUUCCUUUCGCGUCAAGGCUGCCGACAACAGCCGAGGCGAGUGCGUCGACGCGGCCAAGUCCAAGGCGCCGGGAUUUCAGAGGUGCGGCUGCUGCGGCCAACCAGGUCGCAAGCGGAACGGGUGUUCGUGCACGGGAGGCCAGGCCCACAAGUGUCGGCUGGAGGAGGCCGGGUACCCGUCGCUGAACUUCGCGCAGAACUACCGUCCACCUCGUCGGAAGAACGACCAGCCACAAGCAGGCCUCCCCGAGUGCAUGAUUCCCAGGUCGGCGAGCCCAGAGGUCAGUUGGCUGUGCAGGUCCGAGGUGAUCUACAUGAGGUGGAGGCGGAUGCUGUCCAAGGUCCUGGAGAGACUGGCGAACGACCCGCCCUCGGAAUCCUUCGAGAUGCUGGACGACUCACCCGAGAAGGAGAUGGACCUGGACAUCAUGCAGAAGGCUAUCGACCAGUACGAUCUGGACUACACGAAGGAGAUCGGCGACGACGUCAAUUUCCUGUCCCGCAACGGCCGCUACGACUUGCUCGAGGUCUGCACGCCUCCGAAGUCUCGUCUCUCCCAGGCGGUGAUCGACCUAGGUGGGGCCGCCUUCCGAGCUGGGGUACACAACGGGUUCGACAUGGCGACGAAGACUGGAGUGCGACGGCUUGCUCUGUGGAUUCGUCAACAUCGGCCUCGACGCAUCGUCGUGAGUCCUCCGUGCACCGCGGACUGCCAACUCCAGAACUGGAACCAGAAGACCCCAGAGGACCGCGAACGUCUACGUAAAAAGGUGCAACAGGCUCGUCGGAUACAAGCUGGGUGCGAGACCAUCAUGUCGGUCGGGCUCCAAUUCCGUGGGGCCGAGAUCGACCUGGAGCAGCCGCAGAGAUCUCAUAGCUGGGGACGUUCGGAGGCACUGAAGCGCAUCAGGGAGCAGACCUACGAGACGCUGGUGGCCGGCUGUGCUUACGGCCUCCGCUGCCCCCGUAGCGGCCUCCUCUUGCCCAAGGUUUGGAGGAUCUGCUCUACCGACCCCGAGCUGCAGAAGGCUAUCGGCAAGCGCUGCAGUAAUCGCCCUGGUCGGCAUGACAACCACGAGCAUGGUGAGAUCAUCGGGGGGGAGGUGGUAGCGGCCACAGCGUUCUACCCCGAGGCGUUGUGCAAGGCCUGGGCGAAGCGCACUCUGCGUGCCGGAGGUGGUGCUACAGCAGGAACCUCAGCCCUCUUGGCGACGCGCCAGGACACUGACGACGGCAUCUUCGAGGGCAUCGACGAAGACGGCGACCAGGAGAUGGAGGACCAGCAGGCGUCAGACGAGGAGCUCGACGAGGACGACCUCAGGGAGCUCUCCAAGGACGGCGGCGCGCUGAGCACCAAGGAGGCCCGGGAGAUAGAGCACCGCCUCAGCCGACUUCAUCGCAAUCUGGGCCACCCCAACGUCCGCACCAUGUUCAAGAUUCUCAAGAACUCGGGCGCGAGCAUCCUGGUUCUGAAGAUGGUCAAGAAGUUUAAGUGCCAUGCCUGCGACUCCUCGGUGCUGCCGAAUGCCGUCAGAACAGCUGCUGGCAUCGACAUUCCCGAGGCCUUCGAGGUGAUGGGGAGUGACGGCCUCGAGUGGACCGACCCUGUUGACGACGCGACCUACCUGUUCACGCUGAACCUUGACGAGGGGUCUGGACUCACGCAGAGAUCUUCAACCAUGGCGCACUGGCUAAUGGGCAAGGUUGAGCGCAGGAUCCAGCUGUUCAAGCGGACUCUCACUAAGCUCAGGAAACAGAAUCACGACUGCGACAUCGACGAGGCCAUCAGCCAGGUCACGCAUGCGAUCAACGAUCUUGACAAGGUCGGGAACCAUUCGCCCUUCGUACACGCCUUUGGUACUGGAGGCCAUCGGGGCUCGGGCAAUCCCUUUGCCAUCGUGGACGACAGCAACGGAGAGUCCCGGGAGCCGAGGCGACUUCUGGCACGUCAGAGCUUCAUCGAGGUGGAGUACUCAGCCGAGCGAAUGAUCGUGGAGCUUAACAACAUGGAGGGACGCGGGGCUACCAUGUCCGACUUGAUGGAGGUCGCCCGCCGCGGAACGUUCGAGGACCUCACCCACGAGAGCCGACUGCACAUCCAGAACUUCGAACCGCAGGCGAUCCAGCCGUCCGAGUCACCCGAGGACAACGAUGAGGAGCUCUUCUCUCGGAUCACCUUCGACGGGAACCGGGGCGGCACCGACUUCGAGCUGAUCGACGAGAACAUGACGGUCUACUUCGAGAUGGUCAAGUCCGAACUGGCGGACAGCCAGGGCGGACAUCGUCUCACUUCUCAGAUGCUGGACUGCUCCGUUGCCAACCAGAAGCGGAAGGAUAAGAUCGAGUUUCAUUGGGGAAAGCUUUCCCCCUCCGAGAAGGCUGAGUUCCGCAAUGCCAUGCCGAAGGAGGUCGCCAACUGGAAGCAGUGCAAAGGUCUCCGUCGUGUACCCGUUUCCGAGGUAAAGGACCCUGCGGACGUGAUCAGGUGCCGCUGGGUGCUGACGCGCAAGAGCGAUGGGGCCGCGAAGGCGCGCCUCGUCCUCCUCGGCUACCAGACCAAGGACAUCGGACAGGAGCCGGCCGCUUCACCAACGGCCUCGCGACGCGCUCGGAAUCUACUCCUCACGGUCGCGGCCGCCAACUCCUGGACCAUCGUCAAGGGCGACGUGACCAGCGCGUUCCUGCAGGCGAACGACCUGAAGAAGGACCUCUUCGUGGAAGCCGACGAGGCGCUAUCUGCUGAGUUUGGCGUUCAACCUGGUCAAGUGCUACGCGUGGUGAAGCCGGGCUACGGCAUCGGCGAGGCUCCUCGCAAAUGGUGGCAGACGGUGCAGCAGGACUUCGCCAAGCUGGGAUUGCAGGCGUGCGAUCUCGAACCAUGCCUGUGGAGUCUACGCUGUCCUGGGACCAAGGCGCUGCUGGGGCUCAUCAUGUGCCACGUGGACAUGGACGACGGGAUCGACUCCAUCGAGCAGUGCGGCGCGACGAUCGUGAAGAACGAGAAGGGUUUCUUCCAGCACCAGCAGGGCUACAUUGACAAGCUGAAGGAGAUCUUCCCGAAGUACCCGAAGGCCAAGAGCAGCGACCGAUUGACCGAGGCAUGCGACUUCACUGUCUUGGACUGGGGAUCUCGCAAGCUCAAGCGGGUUGCCAGGUCCAGCCUGUCCGCGGAGAGCCAGGAGGCCAGCGACGCGGAGGGCGAGCAGAUGAUGGUUCGCCUGGUGCUCUACGAGGUGCUCGUCGGUUCGGUCGACCUCCGUAAUCGUGCUGCUGCUCUGCAUCACAUUCCAGGAGCUCUCGUGGCGGACUGCAAGGCGUUCUACGAUGGUGUGGUGAAGUCUGAGUCGGCCGGCUUGGGCCUCGAUGAAAGGAGGACGGCCAUAGAGGCGCUCGCCUUGCGCCGGGCCCUCGAGGAGGGCGAGGCGAUCGUGCGCUGGGUGCAUUGCCAUGCGCAGCUGGCCGAUGGCAUGACCAAAGCCAGCCAGCAGGCUUUCAACGUGCUCCACGCUUUCCUGAAGAGUCAGCGCUGGAAGAUCGUUCACGACGAGAGGUUCCUUUCGGCUCGCAAACGGUCUGCCCUUGGUAAAGGGAUCUUCGACGAGACGACUGAGACCGACCGCAGCGAGGCCAGGAAUAUCCUGGAAGGCAGGAGGCGGGUCCAGCCCCCUUCUAGCGACGUGGCCACGGCAGGUGCCACGCGCUCCGAGCUCGAGCAGCCCGGCGAGGCGCCGGAGGACGAGGCCCGGCGAGGCAGGGCGGCGAGGCCGGAGGGCGAGGACGACGCCAGCCUGACGGAGGCCGAGCAGGAGGCGAGGCAGAAGUACGGCCUCCUCGGGAUCCUGAAGGUCAUCAGGAUGACCGACCCGGACCUGAACACGCUGGCGCUCGGGAUGGACCUUACAGGCAUGGGGCUCGACUUGAACUCCCCGAUGGACCUGCACGCCAGGUUCGGCUCCCCGUGGACGAGCGCACCCGCGCGGACCGAGCCCGAGUUCCACCUGCCCCCGUCCUACUACAUAAACCCCCCGGCGCUGAAGACGGCCU